AUGACAUGCAAUCCUAUGUGGAAGGAGAUUCAAGAAGGUCUGAGAUAUACAGAGAAGCCACAAGAUAGGCCAGAUUUAUUGUCUAGAGUUUUUAGAGCUAAAUUUGAAGUCCUUAAGUCUGAACUUCUGCAUAAACACAUUUUUGGAGAGGUUGCAGCGUGUGUCUAUGCUAUCGAAUUCCAGAAACGCGGCUUUCCUCAUGCUCAUGUCUUAUUAAUUCUUAAGCUAGAGUUCAAAUUGUUAAAUGCUGAAUCAUAUGAUAAAAUUGUUUGCGCUGAACUUCCUGACCUAAAAGAACACCAGCACUUAUACUCUCUUGUAGUUAAGCAUAUGAUUCACGGUCCCUGUGGAGAUAUGGAUAAAAGUUGUCCUUGCAUGAAAAAUGGUUCUUGUAAAAGUCAUUAUCCAAAAAACUUUUCAGAUCAUACCAUUCAUGCUGAAGAUUCAUAUCCAUGUUAUAGAAGGAGGAAUGAUUGUAGAAAGGUAAAAGUUCGGCGCCAUGAGUUGGAUAAUAGAUGGGUUAUACCUCAUAACCGAUACCUGCUUGCUUUGAUCGAUUGCCAUAUAAAUGUGGAAAUCUGUUCCACAGUGAAGCUUGUCAAAUACCUUUACAAAUAUGUUUUUAAAGGACCUGAUCUUAUCAGCUUUCAGGUCAUUGAUCAGGCUUCUUGUAGUGACGUCGACGAGAUCAGUAACUUUCAGAAAGGCAGGUGGAUAUCUCCACCUGAAGCAUUAUGGCGAAUCUAUGAGUUCCGGCUAAGUGAAAUGACUCCGUCCGUUUAUACUCUUCAAGUCCAUCUUCUUGAUCAGCAAUCCAUUUCUUUUGACAGGAAUUCAGAUUUGAAUUACUUGCUGAAAAAAAUUGAUUUCUCUAGGACCAUGCUGACUGAAUUUUUUAAGACAAACAAGUCAAAUGCAAAAGCGCAGAACUUAAGGUGUUUAUAUAGGGAGUUCCCUGAACAUUUUGUAUGGACUCCUAAAACAAAAACUUGGUCUGAAAGGGAGCGCCGACGAGUAAUAGGGAGAUUAGUUACAGCAAAUCCAAAGGAGGGUGAACGAUAUUUUUUGAGGCUCUUGUUAUGCCAUGUUCGUGGUCCCACGUCAUUUGAUGAUCUUUUGACUGUUAAAGCUGCUCUUAAGAUAGGUUUGUUGGAAUCUGAUAACUAUAUAGAAGAAACUCUAGAAGAAGCUGUAGCUUUUCAAAUGCCAUUAUCUCUGCGGUUAUUAUUCGCUACUCUUCUAUUGUACUGUUCUCCUUCUGAUCCUAAACUCUUGUGGACUAGAUUUGAAAAGGAUCUCUCAUCAGAUUAUGUACAUGCUCAGAAGUUUACUCAUUAUUCUGAUUGUGAGAUUAAAAAAUGA